AUGGCUAAAUCAGAUGAGGUAAAGCCCGCGGCUGAGCCAGUGGAACCAACCAAACCACCGGACAUUGAUCCGGAAACGACUGCAUCGGCAGCCAACGCUGUGGAACAAUGGCGUAACUACCAGCAGGCGUACAGUGCCUACCAGCAGCAGUGUGCAGCGUACCAACAUUAUGUACAACAGACGCAGUUCGCUCAAACGGUAGAGCAGCAACAGAUGAUUUACAAUCAGUAUCUAGAGCAGCAUCGUCACUAUCAGUACCAACUGCAGCAGUACGAGCAGUACAAGCUCGGCAAUGGUUUGGUGCCAUACGGUGGCGCCCUUAACUGGCAACCGGUCAAUCCGAUGCAAUCGUUUCCCAUGGAUCCUAAUAUGAUGCAGCCCGAAUUUCAGCAACCGAUAAGACCACCGAUGGGUCCGUUAGCGAUGCGGCCUACUAACGGUAACUGUCCCGGAAAGGCCAAAGGUGUACCGGAUGCGAAACGGCGUGAUGCAAAAACGAAACUGAAGCAAAAACCUCCUGCCCAAGAGAAGAAGAAUGAGCUGCAUACGAAAACCGUCAUAUACUUGAAUCCGGACGAUGAAAAGCUACUGCCACAGGAGCUAAAGCAACUGUUCGGAGACUUUCACUGCAAUCUGUGCCGCACGCGCAUGAACUCGCACAUCUCGGCCAACAUUCACUACCAGUCGAAGGCACACGAGAAGAAAAUUAACCAGUGGUUAAAGGAAUAUUGUGUGGCCACGGGCACCCCGAUGCCGGUACGGCAGCGGCCAGCACUAGAGCUGGCCGCAGAUACGGCGUCUAUCGGCAAAUCGGUGUUCCACUGUGAGGCGUGCGAUCUGGUGCUCACCUCGGUGCAGCAUGCUAAUCAACAUUACACCGGCAAACGGCACUGGAUGGUGGUGAAUGGGAAAAAGCUCCCAUCCGGCAACGGUCAUUACAAUACCGAGGGCAAAUGGAUUCGAACUACCAACAUUGUGACGGAUGUGGUGGUGCCCUCCGCUGAGGCGCCAUCUACCGAAGCGCCAUCCACCGCAAAGCCUGUGGUUAGAAAGCGCCUAUUGGAACCCAUAGAGCACGAAGAUGCGACACGCAAUGGAGCGAAGAAAACUCGUCUAGAACCACCACCGGCACCACCCCAGGAGCUGAUCGCGCAGGUACUGGCAGCUGAUACAAAUUUCGCGAAUGAUGUCGUUAUCCCUCCGAUCACCGAACCGUCGCCCGUUGUUGUCACGCCGGAGGUGCCGAAGGCCGUGCUCCCAGCGUCUCAACCCAUCGUAACGAUCAAUGUGGAUAGCGAUGACGAUGUGGAGGAGGUGGUCAAGGCACCUUCUCCACCCACCACCCCCGUUACAUUUCCACUGACAUCGGCCAAAGCUGCUGAAACGACGCUCGAACAGGAGAUUCGCAAAAAGGAUGGUCUCACCUGUGUGGAUGAUACGGGCACGUUCUGUCUGAUUUGCGAGACAUCCGUCACAUCGCGUUCGGAGAUGGUGACACACCUGAAGGGCGCCAAGCACGUGAAAAAAGCACGUGCGAUGGGUGUAAUUGUGCGGACCACACCGUACAAUGCGUUCGACACAAUCCUGCGCAGUCUGUCGGUGCCGGCCCGCCAAACGGACUGGUCCCUGUACCGAAUGCCGUCGGGGAAAUUCUACUGCAAAACGUGCAACCUGAUCGUGUCCGACGAGAAACUGUUCGGUCAGCAUUGGUACGGUAAGAAGCACAAGUUAAAGUUGCGCCAGGAACAGCAAGCUGAAGAGGAAGCACGAACGGCUGCCAUUAAUACUACUACGAUAACGGGCAGUACAACAACGACCACGGAGAGUCCGUUCGUGCAAGACGAUCAUGAUGUGAUACCGAUGGCAGCUAGUUUGUCAAAUCUGGCUGGAUCGGGUCAAAGCGUAGAUGGUGCGUCCACCAGUGCGACCGCAACUACUCGCAAAAGGAGACCAUUCAGCAAGAAAUGGUUAUACUUUUACCGGAAAGCCAAAUGGGCCCAAGUUAACAACAAGUAG